AUGUCGGUGCGGGGCGUGCGGAUUUGGCGGCGGACCAACGCCCAGCUGCCGCCGUCGCUUCUCGUCGAGAAGAACGGCGUCCUCGGCUCGCUGCUCUUCCAGGAGUCCGCCAUCGCCACCUUGGGUUCUUGAGAGAGAUUAUAGCAAGAGUUGAGAGGCAUUUCUUCAGACUCGGACUCGACGGAGGUCGAACGGAGGACCUACUCGAAAGUCUGCGACACUUACGGAAUCCUUGGCGUCUUGAAUGUUAGCAAAGGUGGAUUUUGUAGGAUUUUUGGGGGUUUUUAUACAAGAAAAAGCGGAAAAGAAAGUUUUAAAAGAAGUCGUAAAACUUCUUUCUUAGGAACUCCAGAGUAGUCCCUAUAGGGGCUCCAGGGCUCCUUUCCAGAAACCACUUUACCAACCCCUAUAGGGACCACUAAUGCUUGCAAAAGUGGCCAUUAUAGAGGCUCCAAGGCUCCUUGUAGGUUCCUUUCUGGUAACGACUACCAACACCUACAGGGAUCACUAAUGCUUGCGAAAGUGGCCAUUAUAGGGGACCGGCUAGUCGAUUAUUGUUAUGAACUUUAUGAGAAGAAUUGUCUCGCGAAAAAUUAAUAAAUCAGCGUUUUUUGGAUGAAAAAUAGCAACAUGGGACGAAUUAAUCAAUUUUGUCUUUUUGAUUUUCAAGAAAGACCCUAUAGGGACCACUUCAGCUAGAGGCCAAAGGGGCUAGACCCUAAACUCUAUAGCGAGCACUCACGUUUUACCACUAUAGGGGCACUUUUUGUACUCCAGGGGAUUUUUUUUCUAACCUAUUUUGGGACAACUUGAGGCUCAGUGGCUUAGGGAUAAGACCCUAACCCCUAUAGGACCACCUAAGUUUUACCACUACUGGGGUUGUUUUUCCCUUAACCACUAUAGGGACCACUCAGGCGUUCCUAAGUAGAGAAUUUUCAGUUUUCUAGUUUUUAAGGGUCUUUCUAAUCAGAUACCUGCCUUCAUCACUUUCUGACCAAAUUUGUAGAUUUAAAUACAAUUUGUAGAUGAAUCGGUCCUCGUCGCCGUCACGGGCGUCCUCUCGGUUGGACAGCUUCAUGGCGCGGAUAUUCUGAAGGUUUUUCACAGUCUGAAAGGAAAAUAUGAAGAGAAUCUUCAUCCAGGUGACCAACGUCGAGUUCAUCUCACUGCGCACCUAUGGCCAUGCUGAAGCCGUCGAUCCCAGACUCAUCGAUGUAUAUUCUUUUGGAAUGUUACUGUACCUGAUUGAUUCUGUUUCAGCUCCAAAGAUUGCUCGCCUCCCAAAUGUUCUAUUUUUCGUCCUCGUCGACUUUUGACCUCACACGAUCUUCUCAGCAUCGAGAUUCUCAUGACGGAAGUGAUGCCAGAUUUUUUUGGUUCGGAAAUUUUUGGAUUAUCUAUGAUUAUUUCGUCCGGUUUGCUAUUUUUCAGAAUAGUUGAAAAUUAGGUCAUUCUUUCAGAUCUUAAUGAAAAAAAGGAUUUGAGGAAUCAUUCUAGGAAAAAGCUGGAGUCGGUCCUAUAGUUUAAAAAAAGCCCCCCUACAUGCUAAAGGACCUUUUUUUACGCCUUAAACGGUUAUUUUUGGACUCUAGGAAGUUUGCAGAAAGUGGCUAGCAGGAAACCAAAUUCAAAAAUGAUGUAUACAGGAAAAAUUACAAAACUGAAAAGGAAAAAAAGUUCUACGUGGUUUUAAAGGGCCUACAGGAUUUCCUUCAAGUUUCUCUCAAGAGGAUGUUCUAAAACAGUUCCUCUAGGACACACUGAUUCUUUUACUCCCUUUAGGAGCCACUUCAGCUUUUCUCAGUUCAUCAGAAUUUAUCGAACUUCUCUGUGACUGAUUUCAGAACGCUUAAUCUGCUUUUUCUCUUGCAUUGAAAAAAAUCCAAAAAACUGAAAAUUGCCUCCGAAUCAAUUUUCUGUGUAAAUUUCAGUCAUUUUUUAGGAAUCGAUGCCUGCAUUUUUCCUUCGAUCGAUACGGAGUCGACACGUCGCAGUGGUUGCUCAAAUGCAUGGCUGGGUAAGUUUAAAAGAAAAAUUUUUAACUUCUCCUGAUUUUUCGAAGAAAUGGAGCUAAGAAGAGGUAAGAAAUAAUCAUUGUGAAAGUUGAGUACAUUUUUUUUUUAAGUAGAACUAGCCAACGUUUUUUAACUGUAAUGUCGAUCUAUGAAGUCUGAUUAGGUUUUUGAACUCUAAUAUAUUUUUACAAUGCCUAACUAGGCAACAGGAAGUCUUUUUUGGGAAUUUGAUGGGGACUUAUGCGAAAUAGGAAGUUUUGAUGGUCCAAUUAGAUGAAGGAGGAUGUUCUUGAAAGCUUCAAUCAGUCAAUUUGUUUGUUGUUCUCGUCAGGCGGUUAACAAGAAUUUUGAAGCUGUUUCGAAAACCCGUCUUGAAAUUCGAACGCGUAGAAAAAUCGUCUUGAAAUCCGAACGUGUAAAAAUAAAAAAAUAAAAAAAUCAUACCGCCCUCCGCUUUGUUCUUGGCGCUUAGUUCAUUCCCUGACGAGCCUAGAAAGUAGCGGAUGUUGUAGCUUGAGCCUGGAGACCGUACUCUAGGUGGAAGCCUCGAAAUGAGAGCAACCACAGAGAAAAGAAGACUGAACGGAAAUACUUGACUGGUUUUUCCGUUUUCAGAAGCGUCCUGGUGCGCGUGGUUUACGUCGGAGCCAAGACGGGAAGAUUGGCUUUGAUUUCGCGACUGAGCUGCGAACGCGUCGGAACGCGAUUCAACGUCCGUGGAGCCAACUAUCUUGGCUGUGUGGCGAAUUUCGUGGAAACUGAGCAGGUUGACCAUUUUUGGACCUCAGUAGUUUAGCUUUCAUGUUUCAGUUGCUCAUUUUCGACGACAAAGAAUGCUCUUUCCUCCAGGUGCGUUUCUUUUCGCCAGUAGAUUGAAUUUUAGGUUUCAUUCAGAUUAAAUUUAAACUUAGGACCUUAAAAUAAUGCUUUCUAGAAAAAACUCCUUGAAAUUAACUUUAGGAAGUUUAUUGAUAAAAGACAGAUCCAUCUUUUGAAAAAAGCAAGGCCAAAAAAAUAAAAUCUCUAUUUUGCGUGAGUUUUGUCUACGUAAACUAUUCCGUUGCCAUUUUGAAAGUCAGUCGACGCUCAAACUCCGCCCCCAAUUUCUCGUUAAACCAAUCAGAGAGCGAGCCAUCCAAAGAGCGUUUUCGAAUGACGUCAUUGUACAAGACAUAAAAAAUCAGAAGUAUUACCUGUAUCGGCAUUAAAUUUCUUCAGUUCCUUUAUAAGCCUGAGAAAACCUUGAUUCCUGAAAAAGCAAGGCGGUAAUAGAAUGAUAUAAAAACUUUAUUUUGCGUGAGUUUCGUAUACGUAAACUGUACUGCUCUCAUUUUGAAAAUCAACUCGUCGCUCAAGCUCCGCCCUCAAUGACGCGUCAAACCAAUCAGAGAGCGAGCCACCCACAGAGCGUUUUCAAAUGACGUCAUUGACAUUUAAAACCUGAACUCGAGUUUUUGCAUUAAUUUCCUACAGUUCAUUCAUUUUUAGCUCAAGAAAACCCUAAUUCCUGGAAAUAUUGGUAGUAAAAUGUCUGUUUUAGAUCCGUGGAUCGAUACCAUUGUUUUGGGAACAACCCGGUGUCCAAGUCGGAUCCCAUAAAGUCAAACUGAGAGCUUUUGAAACCAGCACCCCUGCCUAUCAUCGGUGAUCAAUCGAUCUUCUUAUCAUGAUCCCAAUAUUUGAUUUUUAGGCACCUUGCCCAGUUGAAAUGUCGUUAUGGCGAUGUCACCAUGGUCAAUCUUUUGGGCCGGAAAGAAGGCGAACGAGUUCUUGGCGACGCUUUUAGGGUCUUUUUUCGAACUGUACCUAAUGAAUUUUGCUAUUCAGACCCAACACAAGAAUUCUCGAUACGCGAAUUCGGUGGAUUUCGUCGACUUUGAUUAUCACGCUCAAAUGAGGUUUCAGCCGCGAUUUUUCAAAGAAAAAUCAUUUUUAAGAAUUUCCAAAGACGCAGUAAACAUGUUGAAAAAACGGCUUCUGGACUGCUUGAAGACCUUUGGCUUUUAUUUAUCUGUUGAUAAGGUUAUCAGCAGGUAUGGUUCAUCGGGAAAAAAAUAUAUAUAUAUAGUUUGGUAUUUACCAGAAGACAGUCGGGGAUCGUGAGGACCAAUUGUUUGGAUUGCCUCGAUCGAACAAAUGCCGUUCAAACGAUGAUUGGCCUUCAUGUUAGUCUGAUGAAAAAAAAAUCAUGGAAGAUCCAUUUUUUUCCAGAUUUGCCGAGAACAAGUCGCCUCCUUGUGCUUGGACGCUGGAAAAGUGAAUCUGGAGCAACGAGUCGAGGAAAUUCUCCGAGAUUUGUGGCAGAAGAACGGCGAUCAGUGCAGUAAUAUCUAUGCGGGGACUGGCGCCUUGGAUGGGCGGAGCAAGGUUUUUUUCCUACUUUGAAUUGAUCGACUUGCGAAUAUUCUUAUUACCAUUAUUAUUAUUAUUAUAUUUUUGCAUUAUAUAUAUGCAUGAUAAAAAUCGAGAGAUCCAAAAAGUUUUUUUCCGACUGCAAGUAUGACCUGUCGAGAAAAUCUAGACAUAGUAGCAUUUUUUAUUUUAAACUUACGUGGCCACAACUUGUCCAUUCCGGAGUUAGGCCCAGCCAAAGUAUCUCUUCGAAUCCUAGCUUCCGAAUGAAAUGUGAUUUCAUAAACCUAACUCUAAAUUUUCAUAACCAAUAGAAAAAGUAAGGCGCACGGUUUUUUUUUGUUGAAAAGUUAGAUUGCGAAAUGUUUGAAAAUGAAAUGAAAGAACGUUCACUUAACAUUUGGAAAAAGCCAAGUACGGUAUUUUUUUUAUUGAAACGUUCAUUUGCAAAAUGUUCCCAAUAAGCUUUUCGGCGACCGCGACGCGCACGCUUCACGUCUCUUUUUGUGUGCUUUUUUUUUCCAUAAAUCUUGUUUGCUUUCUACUUUUUCUCAAGACAAACUCAGCUGCUGAUCGUUAGCUACUGCGUUGUUCAAAAAAGAAAUAAUCAUGAAUUUUGCGUUGUAUCUGGGAUUAUUUGCCUGUUUUUGAACGUCAGACAAUCCACAUUUUACAAAGAGGAAUGUUGAAAGAGCCUCGGAGAAUUCUGUAAAGCUCCAAAAAUGAUGGGGAAAAGCUUUUGAGCUCCUUUUUUCAUGGUCUCAGAGGAUUCUUUUUGAAUCUCUUAGAAUUUUCUUACCUUCUCUACCUUCUUUCCAGCUUCUCUAGAUUUUUCUUUUCAUGAAAAUGACUUUAAAGCAGUAUUUUUGUUCCUGAUUUCAUUUCUGAAUGGUUUUGCCAUUACAGUUCAAAGAUGCGAGUCGGUCGCUGGCAAGAACCAUCCAGAACAACUUGAUGGACGGCGCCAAACAGGAAUCUUUCGAUUUGUUCUUGGCUGGAGCCCCGUAUGAUUCGAGGAUGUUCGACCGGGCUUGCAACCUUCUCCCGCCUAGUCUUAUUCAAGGUUCAUUUUUUUUUUUGAGCAUACCAAAAUAAGAUAGAUAAAAAACAGAAUAACGUUAGAAAAUAGAAAAAAUAUAUAAGAAUAUUAUUUUUGGAAACAUUUUCAAAUGGUAAUACAGGUCCUUUUUAUAGAAACUCUUUUAAAUUUGGAAUAUUUUUCAGAAAACUACUACUGUCAUGGUGAGUUGUUGCCUCAUAAGUGUGAAUGUUGUAUGGUAUUUUUCAUUGUGAUUUUUUAUGUGCUUUUAGAAAUUAAUUAUUGAUCUAGAAAAUGAGACUAUUUGCUUCUUUCUUGAUUGCGCUUUGUAGAACCGAUAAAUCUGCAUUUUAGAAAGGAAAAUGAUAAAAGUUUAUAGAAAAAAGCCUUUUUCUGCAUGCUAUUUUUUCUUUUGGGAUUUUUUCUAUAGUCUGUUCAAUUUUUGAAUUUGAAGGGAAAUACCGUUAUUCGAAAAAGCUCUCUGAUUGGUUUCUCGCAUAAUUAGGGGCGGAGCUUGAGCUUGACAUUUGAAAUCCGAACAGGCUUGAGCUUCUAUUGGGAGCAUUCAUUAUUUGAAUUCGUUGGCUUAUUUUUUAAUUUUUUAUUGAAUGGAUUCUAGUUCAGGACGGCUUUUCUUAGAGUUUGACGGUGCUUGAUAAAGCCAAAAAUGUGAAAAAUUUGUGACAUUUGUUUUGAGACAAUUUUGAAUAAUCAUUGAGAUUUCCGAAGCUUGUUUGACGCUAAAAUUGAAAGCAAAGCGGUAUUAAUUUAGUAUGUCUACUUUAUUGAACUGAUUUAGUUCAUUCCGUCACGAUUUUCGUGUUCGCUUGAGCUAUAGAACCCCUUCCCUUCGAUGUCCGCGGCCAUUUUCUGUGCAUGCGCCUUUAAUAAGACAGAAAUUUUAGUCCUAAUAAAAAGCACAUGUGAAUAAUAAAGGCCGCGCGCUUCGAAAGGAAUGGUUUUGUAGCUGUAUAGAAUAAUUAGGGCAAGCAAAUGAACUUUAAAAGUCUCUGCGCCUUUAACUCUGAAGCACGCUAAGAGUCGACUUUAUUCCAAAGCUAUUCAGAAUACGCCGACGCCGUCUCACAACUGGUUGAAAGGGCCCCAGCGAUCGCCGACCCUCAUCCAAUAAAAAUCUUCGUCGGCACUUGGAACGUCAACGGCGGCAAGAACAUCCACAACGUCGCGUUUCGCAACGAGUCCAGCUUGAACAACUGGAUUUUCGCCUCGUCUAGACUUGGUUCGGUCCGCUCUAAGGUCUAAGGGAAACGGAUAACUUUAGUGGCGGUGGAUGAUGAAGAGGCGGCUGACAUCGUGGCGAUUGGCGUCGAGGAGCUGGUCGACCUCAAUGCCAGCAAUCUCGUCAAGGCGAGCACCACUAAUCAGCGACUUUGGUGCGAUAGUAUCCGAAAGGCGUUGUCUGAAAAAGCCCCCUACUUGCUCAUCGGCUCGGAGCAGUUGGUAUGAGAAAGAAUAUUAGGAAUAUCCCUCAUCGAAUACUGUCAGGUUGGCGUCUGCUUGUACCUCUUCGCUCGGCCUCGGAUAUCACCAUUUCUGAAAGAUUUUGCCGUCGCUUCGGUCAAGACUGGCAUGGGUGGCGCCACCGGAAACAAGGUUGCAGAUUAUUUGGAAAUAGUAGUUCUAAUUAGUCGAAAAGCAGACUUUCCUGAAAAGCUCUUUUGAUAAUAACAGCACAUUUACAAUGAUUUAUUGAUCCCUUAAGACGUUUCAAAGCUACUUGAAGCUUGAGCUUUUUCAGAAUGAACAUUUAGGGUUCUAUAGUUUUUUAUGACCUAAAAUAACGGUAAAAAAACGGCUUUUCGCUUUUAGGAACUCAUGAAAUUUUUCUGGACACUUCUGGAAGUUUCUGAAUUUUUCAAUCAGAAGGUAUCUCAAGAUCCUUCAGCGUCUUUUUGGACUAAUUUUCGAGAUUACUGGGGAAAACUGUAGAGGCCACUUGAUAGAUUCCUGGAGUGCCACUUGGAGAGAACACUAAAAUGGGCCCUUUCAGAAGUCACUAUUUCGUAUCUUAGUGACCACUAUAGUAGUUUUUUAGGAAUAGUAGUACUACUUGGACCUCUGAAGAGGCCACUAAAUUUCAAACCUUUACGUGGCCGCUACUUCGACUACUAAAGGGGCCUCUGAAACGUCAAAACCCUAAAGUGGUCACUUAAUCUUUUCCAAGUAUGACUACUCUUUUCUUACGUCAAAGCCCUAAAGUGCUCACUAAAUCUGUUCCCACUAUGAGACUCUUUAUUAGAAAAAAAAAUUAGUUUUGGAAAAGUUGAAACUAACUUGGUUCUUAAUAUCUUGUUUUGGAAAAGGCUCAUUUGUGACAUCUCUAAUCUUUCUAGGGAUCUGUGGCCUUCCGAGUGGUACUGUAUUCGACGAGUAUCUGCUUCGUCUGCUCACACUUUGCCGCCGGCCAAAACGAAGUUCGCGACCGGAACGACGAUUUCACGACCGCUUUGCGGAAGAUCCGAUUCCCGCUUGGCCGUGACAUUGAAUCGCACGAUGUCAUCUUCUGGCUUGGCGAUUUUAAUUACAGGUUUGAUUUUUUCAGUGAAAAGCAUACGACGGCUGGAUCCCACCCCGGGGUGCGGCCUCCGCCCCUCAAUUUGCGGUUUUUGGAGAAUUUGUCUUGAUAUCUCUUUGUCUUGAUAAUCUUUCAGGAACUCGUAAGUAUUUUGGUAAAGUUUCAAAUGUCUUUCAAACGGAGCAGACGAUGGGAUUGAAAAUUCAAGGUCAAACUGAGAUUUAGAAAAUUGAAUUUUUGUGGUAGCUUCAAAGAGUUUUUUCGAUGAAAUUUUGUAUUGCUCGUACUCUGACUUCUUUUUUGGAUUCAUCAAGCCUUUUUAUCCGUUUCAGAAUCAACUUGUCGGGCGAGGAGGUGAAACAGGCGGUGCGGAUGAACGAUUUCCAGAAGCUCCUUGAACAUGAUCAGCUGACCCAGCAGAAGGCCCAAGGCGCCGUUAGUUUUCCCUGAUUUUUGGAAGAACUUGAUAGAUCAGAUCUUCAGUUUAUUGAUUGGUAGGACAGGAGGAGUGAAAUUCCAAUGUAAACCUUGACCUUUUCGGCUGAAAAGCAAACUUCGCCUUAGCCAACCCCCCACCCCCUCGCUCUUCAAAAAUUUUUCAAAAAGUCAACCCUCCUGCACUGACUAGGUUCUGUACCACUUCUGAGCCUACUUUAAGAUUAUCGUAGUCUCAAGAAACGCUUCCAAUUUCUCUCUCAGACGUUCGUCGGCUUCAACGAAGGGCCACUCCGGUUCGCGCCAACCUACAAGUACGACACGUUCAGCGACGAUUAUGAUACCAGCGAAAAAUGCCGCGCGCCGGCGUGGACUGACCGCGUCUUGUGGAGGGAACAGCGUGCCCAAGCCGACACUCGGCUUUUGAGGUUGGCAGCUUGAUCUUGUUGGCUUCUCUUGGAAAAACUAUUGGUUUUCAAAUGAUGUUUUACUGAAAAUACUUUAGUGGUCACUUGAGAGAUUUCUCAAGGAUGUACUUGGAGAGGACACUGAGGUGGCCACUAAGAUGACAUCUAUAGAAGCCACCUUUGCGUCUUAGUGGCCACUAUAGUAGUUUUGGUGGUCUAGUAGCACCACUAGGCUUCUAAAGAGAUCACUAUAUUUCAGCCACUUAAGGGGCCUCUAAUUCAACUACUGUAGGGGCCUCUAAAACGUCAAAACCUUGAAGCGGUUCGAAAUUCGACAGUUAACUCGAUAUUUUUAAGAAGACCUGAAUUAGAAGUAUUUUAAAGUAUUUUAGUGGUAAUAAGAGGUAACCCAACAGAUUCCCUCAUAAAAUUCAAUAAAAAAACCAGGAUCGGUUUUUGUUCAGCUAUGACCGCGCCGAACUGAAGACGUCGGAUCAUCGACCCGUCGGCGCCAAUUUCCUUGUCAACACCUACAAGGUCGACAGCGCCAAGUGCAUUGAACUCGUUGAAGACGUCAUCGAGUAACGUCUUCUAUUUUUUCCAUGCCAUGUUUCUGAUUUCGCAGAUCUAUGGGACCUCCUGACGGGACCAUCAUUGUUAACUUUGUCGGGAAGCAAAGAUUUCCUCCAGCCAUGUUCCCGCCGGUCCACGAAAAGCUCAAGGAAUUGGGAGUACGAGUCCUUCUCAGCAAGUGAGAUCUCAAAAAUGAGAUUGAACCCAUUCUGGUUUUUAGGUUUGAGAAUGGAGAUCUGUGGAUUGUCGUGAAUAGCGGGGAGAGUGCUCUGGCAGCCAUGAGCAUGGAUGGAUUGAAAAUUGGUGAGGAAUGGGGUCUAUGAAAGUUCCAAGGGUGGUCAUUUUAUUUUGCAUUCUGGUGAUUUCAGAAUGUUGUCCCUCAAUGUACCAAACGAAGAUUCUAACUUUCUGUGGCUAGUUUCCGAUGAAGAUAGGCUCAAAGUCAAUAAAGUCGUCAAAAAAAAAUUCCAGGAUCUGCAUACUGACAUUCAUUGGUUUUUCCCCGUCCUAGAACUUCGAAAAAUCCCCCUCUCCCCCCUCAAAAAAAUGCCGAAAACGCGCGUGGUAGCUUCCGAUUCUCAGAUUUUAACCACGAGAAAUGACCCUGAAGUCACGAUUUUUUUUACCACGGAUCUACCGAAUUCCUCCCCCGGGAGAAAGCUCCUGAGUUUUAAUCGAUCCUUCAAAAAUUAUAAUAUUGAUUAACAUGACCCACUUUUUUCAGAAGGAGAGACUUUGAAGGUGAAGUUACGAUCGCCAGAUUGGGCCUACGCUCUGAAACCCCAACUUUCUGAGUUGGACCUCGCGUCGGCGGCUUUCGAAUCUACCAGUGAAGAAGAAACGGCUAGACAAUCUGGGGCCAUGUUCGAGUUUGAAGGUAUCUUCAAGAAAAAGAUUCAAAUUUUCUCUGGAUCUUCUUCAGACGACGAGGACGACGACAAGAUUAGCGUAAGCAAUAUCUCCUUGUACUCGACGGCGCCGUCUACCACGACAACACUGGCUCCAGAACGACCUCGACCGCCGUCAGCUCGGAGCGACGCCAUCAGCAUCGCCAAUCUGGAUUGGCCGGCUGAGGAUGGGUGAGAAGAGAUCGAAGAAUCCUUGUUCAGAGAGUUAAUUUGACAGGCCCGCGACGCUUUCCACCUCGAUGCCUUCAAGGGCUUCAUCGGCUUCGCUGGCCAACUCCACCUGGUAUGAGCAUGUUCCGCCGAUCGCCGCGCCGCCCGCCCAUCAACCGACGUCGAACGCGACUCCGCCUCCACCGCCUCAACGUCUUCUGCAGCAGCAGCUGUGCCAGGCUCCGCCACCACCGCCCAGGAACACCUCCCAGGCCCCGCCGUUGCCCACAAGACCUGCUCCUCCUCCGCCGCCGCCUCGACCUCAGCCACUCAUUCCGCCCAGACCAGCCGGCUUUUGA